AUGACCAGCCAGUCUCAAGGGAUCCAACAGCUCCUUCAGGCAGAAAAAAGGGCCAAGGACAAGCUAGAGGAAGCCAAGAAGAGAAAAGGGAAGAGAUUGAAGCAAGCUAAGGAAGAAGCGAUGGCAGAAAUCUACCAGUACAGAAUGCAGAGAGAUAAGGAAUUUCGACUAAAACAAUCUAAGAUAAUGGGAUCUCAGAGUAGUCUCUCAGAAGAAAUAGAAGAACAAACACAAGGGCAGAUAAAAGAACUGAAUGGAAGUUACAGCAAGUACAUGGAGAACGUGAUGAACCAGCUCUUGAGUGUUGUCUGUGACGUGAAACCAGAAAUCCACAUGAACUACAGAAUCACCAACUAA